CCCUGCGCCGCCUGCGCACCGCCUGCGAGCGAGCCAAGCGGGUGCUGUCCUCCGCCACACAGACCACCGUGGAGAUCGACAGUCUGUUCGAGGGCAUUGACUUCAUGGCCAGCCUCACCCGUGCCCGACUGGAGGAGCUGUGCAUGGACCUCUUCCUCAAGUGCAUGGAGCCGGUGGAGAAGGUGCUCCGCGACGCCCAGCUGGACAAGGGCCAGGUGCACGAUGUGGUGCUGGUGGGCGGCUCCACACGCAUUCCCAAGGUGCAGCAGCUGCUGCAGGACUUCUUCCACGGCAAGGAGCUGUGCAAGUCCAUCAACCCGGAUGAGGCGGUGGCGUACGGAGC